GAGCCACCUGCAGCGCGGGCCGCGCCCAGUCUGAGCGGGGACUGCGCUGGGCUGCGGGCCAGAGGCCUGGGCCACCCGCGGCCCCGCACCCAUGGGGGCGUCCCGGCCGCCCCCCGCCGCCGCCCACCACCGGCUGCUCGCUGUGGUCAUUUCAGCAGUGACUGUUGGUUCCAUGACAAACCAAGAUCCAUUGGGAAUUAGGUGUGUUUUACUUGCCUCCAAAAUCAACAAUUCGUCAACAUGGAUAUCGUCAACAUCACCUAUGGUGUCGGAUGGAGUGUCGGUGGAAGAUCUUGGCUGCUCUCUGAAACACCGAGGUUCAGCAGUGGCCUACCAAGCUAUUAAACCAGUGGAAAUUAGUAUUUUUGCCACUGCAACUCUGCAAGUGACACUGAGCUUUCUGGGAAAUGUUUCAUGCCGUUGGAUCUCGAGACACAAUUCCAUUGACUGCCAACCUGAUUUUGACUCCGAAAACAGGACUGUUCUUUCUCUGGUCAUUUCGAAAAUGACAGAAACCCAAGCCGGAGAAUACCUCCUCUCAAUUCACAGUGGAACGAUGAAUUGCACAGUCCUGUUUGCAGUGAAUGUAAAACGAACCUUAAGGAAGCCCUACUUCAGGAAACUCGAAGACCAGGAUUCAGUGGAUUGUGUGUCUGAUAGCUUCCCUGAGCCCGUGAUGGAAUGGCUGUUUUGCCGGACCCUCAGCGAGAGCUGCAGGAAGACAAGUCUCGCCAGCAUGAAGAGAGAGGAAAAGGUACAGCAUGAAUUAUUAGGAACAGACAUCUGGUGUUGUGCGAGGAAUGAAUUGGGCCGGGAGUGUACCAAGCUCUUUACACUAGAUCUAAAUAAAGCACCACAAGCACCCCUACCACAAUUCUUUCUUAAAAUCGGGGAGCCGCUGCUGAUAAGAUGCAAAGCUGUUCAUAAAAACCAUCGGUUUGGACUCACGUGGAAGGUGGAAAAUAAAGAAUUACAAGAGGGCAGCUACUUUGAGAUUAGUGGGUAUCAAAGCAACAGAAAUAUGGCACGGAUUAUGUUCGCCUUUGUCUCAUCAGUGGGAAGAAGUGAUGCUGGACAUUAUACUUGUUCUUCCUCAGAGGAUACCAGCAAAACAGCUUUGGUUACAGUCUUGGAAAAAGGAUUCAUAAAUGCAUCCAAUACGAAAGAAGACUAUGAAAUUGAUCUGAAUGAAGAAUUUUGCUUUGCAGUCAAACUUAGAGCAUACCCACAAAUUAGCUGCACAUGGACAUUUUCUCAAAUAUCACUGCCUUGCAAAAACAGUAACCUUGAAGAUGGAUACAGCGUAUCUCGAUUUUGCGAUCAUAAGUAUCAGCCAGGAGAGUACAUAUUCCGUGCCGAAAACGGUGAUGCACAUUUCACGAAAAUAUUUACGCUGUCUGUGAGAAGAAAACCACAGGUAACAAUGCAAGUAUCAGCCACCCAGGUCUCCUGCUUCUCCAGCGGCUACCCAUCACCAUCUUGGGUCUGGAAGAAAUGCUCAGAGGACUCUCCCAACUGCACGGAAGAAACCACUGACAGGGUUUGGAAGGAGAGAUCCAGAGGGGGCAGUCCGGCACUGGGACCCUGGGCGUCGGGCAGCACGAUGAACAUGAGCCAACGGGAGAGAGGAUUCUGGUUCGAGUGCUGUGCCUACAAUUCUGUCGGCUCAUCCUGCCAAAGGUUUCUCAACUCCCCAGAAGCUAUUUCUGUCAUCCAAGACAAUAUCUCAUUCUAUGCAACAAUUGGAUUUUGUCUUCCAUUUAUAGCUGUUUUACUGCUAGUAAUCUCUCACAAAUUCAAAAAAGGUAAAAAACCAAAGUCCCAAUUUAGAUAUGAGAGCCAACUGCAGAUGAUUCAGAUGACGGGCCCUGAGGAUAAUGAAUAUUUCUACAUUGACUUCAGGGAGUUCGAAUAUGACCUCAAGUGGGAAUUCCCGAGAGAAAAUUUGGAAUUUGGGCGAGUGCUUGGCUCUGGCGCCUUUGGCAAAGUGGUAAACGCUACAGCAUAUGGAAUCAGCAAAACGGGAGUCUCGAUCCAGGUGGCCGUCAAAAUGCUGAAAGAAAAGCCAGACAGUUCAGAGAAAGAAGCUCUCAUGUCGGAGCUCAAAAUGAUGACCCACAUUGGCAGCCACGAGAACAUCGUGAAUCUCCUGGGGGCCUGUACCCUCUCAGGACCUAUUUACUUAAUAUUUGAAUAUUGUUGCUAUGGUGAUCUUCUAAACUACUUAAGAAGCAAAAGAGAAAAAUUUCACAGGACCUGGACAGAGAUCUUCAAGCAACACAAUUUCAGUUUUUACCCCCGCCUCCACUUACAUUCAAACACCAGCACCCAUGACUUUGAAGAUGUUCCGAUGAAUGGCAAUUUUGAUUUGAUCGAUGGGAUUCCAUUUUAUUCUGAAGGUAAAAGGGCAGUUGUGGGUGUCUCACAAAUAGCGGUUGAGGAUUUGAAAACAGAAAAAAGCAGGACGAGGGAGGAAGAUUUCAACGUGCUUACGUAUGAAGAUCUUCUCUGUUUCUCGUACCAAGUUGCCAAGGGAAUGGAAUUUCUCGAAUUGAAGUUGUGUGUCCACCGAGACCUUGCCGCCAGGAACAUCCUCGUGACACAUGGGAAAGUUGUGAAGAUAUGUGACUUUGGCCUGGCCAGGGACAUCCUGAAUGAUUCCAACUAUGUGGUCAGAGGCAAUUGCUCGUUUACGGUGAAGUGGAUGGCCCCGGAAAGCCUGUUUGAAGGGAUCUACACAAUCAAGAGCGAUGUCUGGUCUUUUGGAAUACUACUGUGGGAAAUAUUCUCUCUCGGUGUCAAUCCCUACCCCGGCAUCCAAGUGGAUACGAGCUUCUACAGGUCAUUCAGAGUGGGAUUUCAGAUGGACCCACCCUUCUAUGCCACAGGAGAUGUACCUGUCAUGCAGGCCUGCUGGGCAUCUGACUCCAGUAAGCGACCACCUUUUCCCAACUGACCUCCUUUCUGGGGCUGCCAGCUGGCAAAUGCAGAAGCAGAGAAACUCUGUGCGUAUCCCCGCUACGAGGUCUAG